AUGAAUGAAACCGAGGAGCAGCUUCGCCGGCUGCAAAGUCUACAAAUGGCUGACCUGGGAACUGCCCGCCGUGAAAUAAUCUCCACGGCCGAAAUCAAGAAGCCGGCUCAGGUGCAGCUUGGCGCGAUUGAAUCGCGGCGCCAAGUCGACCAACGGGACAAAGCUCAGCUGAAUAAAUGGGCAAACUUGCAUGCUGAAAUUGGCGACACCGGUGGAAUGGAAGGGCUCCAGGACAUAGGUUCCGGUCAGUCUCACCGAGCCAAUCUUCAUGCCAUGCUGCAUCCCGAGGGAAGUCAGCUGCGAACAUAUGCCAACCAUCCUGUCCCUACUCCCUCUGCAGGUCGCGGUGGUGGUUUCAUAGGAAAGCGAGGUCGUGGUGGACCCGUUGCCUCUCCCGCAAGGGGACAUGUUAAUAUUCCACAUGCUCCCGCAAGAUUCCCGAGCCACGGAACAAACAAUCGCAGCGUCGGUCGACAAGGUCGUCCUGAGCCUCACACUCGGUCCGUCACAGUAUCAUCCGGCUUCGGGUUGGAUCCGGCACUCAAUUGCAACAACGAUGAUAGCGAUGCCCGCGGCCGGGGAAGAGGUCGAGGCCGAGGCCGAGGGAGGGGCCGGGGCAAACCUCAAGAGCCAGUUCACAAAUCAGUCCCACCUAUGACUAGCAGAGCUCAGCGGCCCCCACCAACCCAGGACUUCACUACGAAAAUUUCGGACCCCGCGCACUUCAUGUCCCUACUCCAAUCUCGCCGAGCGUCCGAAAAGCCAAAAGCACCAGUUGAAAGCAUCUUUACUGCUCCAAUCCAGGACGUUACAGCUAUGCAACAACCCAUUCUGCCUAACAAGCCAGAGACCAAGCCGCUCUUGAGCGAGAAAAAGCAGAAGAAAAGUAUGGUUGAAACUCCCCCUCCGCCCGUCAAACCUCAAUACCAACCUCCCCAACCGCUGACACCGUCGUCUCGCACUGCUCCGCCUGAGAAAACGGCCUCAUCCAAACGCACGAAAGCUAGGGCUGCCCCUAUCAAGCCUUCCCCGCCGCACAUUGGAAAUUAUCUCGUGGAAAUACCUACAAAGCCAGCGUCUCAUAUUCCUGAUGCGAGAGCUUCUGGCUCUAAGAAAUCAAAGGAAAAGGCCCAUCUACCUAUUCCUAUUCCUGCUGAUCCGAAGGCAUUUGGAGUCCCCGCAGACACACUUUCAUGGAAAGUUUUACCUGAGGAAGAACCACGAAAGCCAGUUAAAAGCAAUACGAAGGUUCCAACCAAGCCAACCAUAUCCCAUGUCGAGGUUCAGAAGUCCCUAGCUGCCAAAGCUCCACAAAUGAAAGACAGCAAAAAACAUGUUUCCUCUGGUAGUCAGGAACCGAAAUCCAAACAGCCAGCUCAGUCUAAAGCCGAUGUACCUACGGUUGCAUUCCCUCUAGAUCUUUUUUCUGCGGGUGCGGCACCGAUAACCCCUCGAUCUUCCAAGGCGAAGACCAUUUCUAGUCGAGCUGCAGCAGAAUUGGAAGGUCUCAAGUUCAUCGAAAAGGCUGAGGUCUCGAAGCCAGUUUCAAGCAUUGACGAAGUCAUUUCACCUAAACCUGCUAAGCAACUGAGCUCAGAAGCUCAAUCCGAUAAGAAGAAUCAGGAUGUCAAUGCCAAUCUCCUUGAGCUCUUUGAAGAAUUUUGCCAGUCCAGAUAUGCGCCUGGACUUACUCCUCUUGAUGUCGAACGAAUUGUUGAGGCAAAAAUUCGUCAGAGAGAGAGCCAACAAGUUAGCAAACGAGAUGUUACCCCCUUUGAUCGACAUCGAUCGCCGCCUCCGCCCCAUUCUAACUCUACCUCACCUCCAUCUGCCGAUAAACGCAGAGACAGGCCUCGUGUGCCUGGCCUCUCGCCGACUAGAAGCGAUGAUUCCGAUAUCAUAACCCGCUUUGAAGCUCUCCAAGUCUCGGAUAAGCUUGCUCCUCCACUCGAACCGCAGCGUGCAGCCUCUAUCCCAGAUCCUGGGCCCCUAGAUAUUCCAAAGAGACCGAAAAUCUCCGACACUUCCAUCCAGAUGGCACCUGCUUCAGAACCGCGUCCUCGAGUGGAAGCUACUAAGAAGCCCCUGGCUAUCAAUGAUUCUAUCUACGCGACAAAAGUUUCUAUUCCUUCCAAGGCUUCUGCCCCGUUGAAGAUUCCUGCCUCGAUCAAGGCCCCUACCUCACCUGAUACCAGUCUCAUCGGACAGAGGCCCCAAGCUCCAAUUCGGGCGUUGAGCGCAAACCAUCCAAAUAUUCCCACAUUACACGAGGAAAUACCCGUUGGUGUGCGCACAAUCGGCCCUGCUCCAUACAAUUCUCCUAAGCCACAAGGUGGAAAGCCAACUGGAGUUCGCACCAUUGGCCCUGCUCCAUACAAAGCUCCCACAGCGCGUCCGAAUUCUUCCGAGAAUCGAACCUCCGGUGCUAUCAGCCGUACUUCUAGCUUUGUGCAGUCGGGUCAGUCCAAUAACCCCGUCUCACAGCAAGCCCCCAGUCGGAUAUUCUCCAUGCCCGACCCUGUGACACUCCCACGACCCAGUGCAAAGGGUAUGGUGACCCCUCCUUUCCGCCGCCGCAAGUAA